GGGCGCCAAACUCAAAGCGCAAGAUGGCGUCGGGGGAGAGCCUCUUCGGCCAGUUUGGUGCCCGUGCAGGUGAAAUGCCAGGGCUGUGAGGAGAGACGAAUAAAGGUCCGAGUGAGUGUUGAAAUGCAAUCAACAACAAAUCCCAUUCAUAGAAAGGAUUUGGUUGUUCGGCUAACUGAGGAUUCAGAUCCUUUUUCUUAUAAUCUUGUUAUUUCCGAGGAAGAUUUUCAGAGUUUAAAACUUCAGCAAAGUCUUCUGGUGGAUUUUUCUGCUUUUCCUCAGAGAUUUAUAGAUCUUCUUCAGCACUGCAUCCAAGAACAAGAUAAAGAAAUCCCAAGGUUUUUGCUACAGCUGAUUUCUUCAGGAUCUAGUUUAGAUCACACACCUUCAUUUCUAAAUGUGGUUGAGACAAAUCCAUUUAAACAUCUUACCCAUUUAUCACUAAAAUUCUUACCAGGAAAUGAUGCUGAAAUCAAGAAAUUGGCAUCCUGCCUCAAAUCUACUAAGGAAGAAAAGUUAUUACUGGAACAAAAACUUAGCAGAACAGAGGAGGACCUUACAAGACAGCUGCAUUAUACACAGCAGGCUUUGUCAGAAAAGAGCAGAGAACUAGAUAAUUUAAGAAGCGAAUGGACCUCCAAGAUAGCAUCAUUGAAUAGUAAACAUACUCAGGAAUUGUCAAACGAGAAGGAAAAAACUCUGCAGGCACAAGCACAUUAUCAGCAACAGAAUGAUCAACAGAAAAGAGACUUGGAAAACUCGCAUCAGAAAACUGCCCAGCAACUACAGAACAGGCUGAAGGAACUGGAACUUGCUAACAAAGACUUAAGAAGGAGAUACAAAGGCGAUUCAACAGUCAGGGAACUUAAAGCAAAAUUAUCGAGUGCAGAAGAUGAAUGCCAGAGAAUGAAGCAAGAAGUUCUAUCCUUACGUCGGGAGAAUACUACCUUAGAUGCUGAAUGCCAUGAAAAGGAGAAGCAAGUUAACCAACUGCAAAUGCGAGUUGCUGUUUUGGAACAAGAGAUGAAAGAUAAGGACCAGCUUAUUGCCAGGACAAAAGAAGUAUUAGAAGCCACACAAGAGCAAAAGGCAAACCUGGGAAAUGCAGAAAAGAAACAACUUCAGAUAGGAAAACUGGAAGCCUCACUGAAAGCUCUGUCGACUGAGUUCCUUAAGGCCAAUGAGAUAAUAAAGAAACUGCAAGGCGAUGUAAAAACGUUAAUGAAUAAGCUGAAAUUAAAAAACACAGUAACAGUUCAGCAAGAAAAGCUGUUGGCUGAAAAGGAAGAAAAACUACAGAAAGAACAAAAGGAAUUACGGGAAGUAGAAAGUUCUCUUCGAGAGAAAGAACAAGAGAUAUGCAAAUUGCAGGAACAAUUAGAAGCUACAGUACAAAAGCUGGAAGAAAGCAAACAUCUUCUCAAAACAAAUGAAAAUGUGAUCACAUGGCUGAAUAAACUAAAUGAAAUUCAGCUGACAAGGAAGCAAGAAAUGCUAGGAACUUCUCCUUCUAGCAACACUGUUUCAAGAACUGGCAGCUCUCCUCAUAGUAUGGUUGAUAAUAGGAUUACGUCUUUAAACUCAGGACUGAGCUAUCCCAUCUCCCCCUUGCUUGCUUUCCAAAGCUUCCCAGAAGCAGUUGCUGCCAAAAAUACCAACCAACAAAUAUCAGGAACAAAGCAGGUUCACUUCAAUGUGCAGCUCUCAGAAACGAACAGAUGUUUAGAUGCCCAGCCAGGGAUUCCUGGGCUGAUAGGUCAUUCAGCAAAUAAAGAAAAUGGUGAAAACUUGGGAUUGGAAACAAAGUAUUUAAAGAAAAGGGAAGAUAGCAUACCUUUAAGAGGACUCAAUCAAAACACAACUCAAAACACAGGAUAUAUGAAGUCCUCUGCACCAAAAAAAGCACAGAUUCCAUGCAAGCCUGCAGCACCACCUAAAACGUCUGCCUACUUUCCUGGAUAGCAUGUUGUAACUAAAGGUUUACAAUAAUUUUGAUUUUUUUUAAACAUUAUCAGUUACACACAUUUGUUUCCCUUUUGAAGUAUCAACAUUACAUUUUUACUAAAUAGAUUUCUGGGUACUAAAGUGAAACUUAUGUUUUUUCUACAAAAUGAAAUUAUCUAAUGGACAGAUGUCUAGAUUCUAUUUGGUUGUUCUCUAAUAGUUCAUUUGCAUUUUUGCAUAUACGAGGUAUUUGAUUUCGGUUUCAAAAAUGCACUACCUGAUAAGAAUGACUUAUUGUUGUUUCUAUGCCAGAAGCUAUGGAAUGUGGGGCUCAAAAG